AUGUCCCAGGCCAAGACCUUCUCCGUGGGCAAGGACGCCUUCACCGCCGCCGAGCGAGAGUGGGUCACCCAGACCCCCAACAUUCUCCAGUGGUCCGACGAAUACACGCCGGAGGCGGAGAAGAAGAGCCUCAUCGAGAAGGUCGGCGGAUUCAUGCGGGAGCUCGGCCGGCCGGCCUUCACCGACGCCUACGCCCGAAUCGACCCCAAGGUGGCCAACGCCUUCCCGCUCAUCGAGGCCGACAAGUACCGCCACUACUACAAGGACUACCUCCACGGCACUGGUGAAGUGGAAUCGUUCAUCAGCCACGUGGAGGACGAGAACCUGGUGGGUCCGGUGGUGAUAUGCUGCGAGGGCGGCAACAGAGAACAGCCGCGCGUCAAGGUGCUCAUACACACCAAGAAGGGCACCGACCGAACCUUUAUCCCCAACGACGGAGGGAACCGAAUCAAGGCGCUGAAAGCGCUUCAGCCCGGCCUAUCCUCCAUUCGCUUCCUCCGAGUCAAGGACCCCCGCUUCGGCAAGGACAUGCUGGACUACGAGGACAAGCUGAUCGCCACGAGAUACAAGUUCGGAAUUCUCUACUGCCGCGCCAACCAGUCGAUCGAGGACCAGAUGUACAAUAACGAACACGGCAGUCCGCUCUUCGAAGAGUUCUUGAACAUGCUGGGCGAACGCGUGCGCAUGCUGGGCUUCUCACGCUUCCGAGGAGGGCUUGACGCCAAGACCGACACGACGGGCGCCCACUCUGUAUAUACCGAGUAUAGGGGGCAGGAGAUCAUGUUUCACGUCAGCACCCUGCUGCCCUUCUUUCCCGAGGAUCCGCAGCAGGUCGAGCGCAAGCGACACCUGGGCAACGACGUGGUCAUCGUCAUCUUCCGCGAGGGACCCAACGACCAGUUUUCACCCCUCACCAUCCGCUCCCAGUUCAAUCAUGUGUACAUCGUUAUCACGCCGGAGAAGAAGGAGGGCAAGAAGACGUGCUACAGGGUGGCGGUGGUGUGUAAGCAGGGGGUGAAGCCAUUCGGGCCGUCGUUGCCCGAACCCGCCCUCUUCAGGCGAGGUCGCAAGUUCCGAGAGUUCCUCCUCACCAAGAUGGUGAAUGGAGAGCGUGCGGCGUUCCACGCGAAGGACUUUGUGUUCAAGUUCAGCAACACAAGACGCAUCCAGCUGCACGACAUUGUGGAGCGCUACAUGGAGGGCGCCAUCCCCGCCGAGCGCAACAACAUCCUCGCCCGCCUCUCCCGCACCACGUCGACCCUCACCUCCUCGACAUAA